AAGAUAUUUUCCGGUAUGGAAGAGACACCAAUGGAAAGUUUAUAUAAAUAUUGUCAAAAUUUAAGCGCCAAUAUUAACGGGGAUAACAUUGUGAAUCUAUCGUUAUGUAAUACAAGUUUACUAAAUAUGUUUGAAGAUGAUCCCAGUGUUGACAAUGAUAUAUCUGAUACUAUUGAAGCCAUGGCAAAAGUAACCAGUAUUGUUGUUCCCAUUUUGUUUGGCAUUAUUGUAAUCGUCGGACUGUUUGGUAACGCAUUGGUAGUCAUUGUCGUGGCCUUCAAUCCACAGAUGCGGUCGACAACCAAUUUAUUGAUAAUCAAUUUAGCCAUCGCUGACCUAUUAUUUAUUGUGUUUUGCGUACCAUUUACGGCCUGGGAUUAUGCCUUUCCAUUUUGGCCAUUUGGCAACCUAUGGUGCAAAAUGGUUCAGUAUCUGAUUGUGGUUUGUGCCUACGCUAGUAUAUACACUCUGGUGUUGAUGUCUUUGGACAGAUAUUUAGCUGUUGCUCAUCCGAUCCAAUCGAUGUCCAUCAGAACGGAAAGGAAUGCCUAUUUAGCCAUAUUCUUCACAUGGAUCACAAUAAUCAUUGCCUGCAUACCGGCGCUCAUAAGUCAUAGACUGAUUGGCGAUAAAUAUACUGUCUGUCUGUUUGCUGAAGAAUAUAAUCAGUCAUUAUAUCAAAUCUGUUUUUUUCUAUCGUCAUAUGUCAUACCUAUUGCUAUAAUCCUUAUACUAUACGUACUGAUGCUAAAGCGUCUCUGGUUUGGUGCCGUUCCCGGCGGUCACAUGAGCGCCGAAAGUGUGCGCUCUAAGAAACGUGUUACCCGUAUGAUCGUUGUUGUGGUCAUUAUAUUUGCUGUUUGUUGGUGUCCAAUACAGGUGGUACUUGUGCUCAAAAGUUUUGAUCGAUACACUCUCAAUAGAAAAAAUCUGGUCAUACAGAUUGCGGCACACAUUUUAGCUUAUAUGAACAGUUGUGUGAAUCCUAUACUAUACGCGUUUCUAUCGGAAAACUUUCGCAAAGCUUUCCAUAAAGUGAUUGUCUGUAAUUCAAACUCCCGGCGGACGUUACAACUGAGAGCCGAUAUCCGAGCCGAUAGAGAGACCUCAGUAGGUACUAGACUGACCAAAACUAGUAAACUACUUAACGGAAAUUUAUCCGAGACGAUCGAUGAGACUAACAUUUAAAACACAUACUAUCCGUCCAGUCGU